AUGGCCCGCACGAAGCAGACGGCGCGCAAGUCCACCGGUGGCAAGGCUCCGCGGAAGCAGCUGGCGACCAAGGCGGCGCGGAAGUCGGCCCCGGCCACCGGCGGCGUGAAGAAGCCCCACCGCUUCCGCCCGGGGACCGUCGCGCUGCGCGAGAUCCGCAAGUACCAGAAGAGCACGGAGCUGCUCAUCCGCAAGCUCCCCUUCCAGCGCCUCGUCCGGGAGAUCGCGCUGGACUUCAAGACGGACCUCCGCUUCCAGAGCUCCACCGUGUCGGCGCUGCAGGAGGCCGCCGAGGCGUACCUCGUCGGUCUGUUCGAGGACACCAACCUCUGCGCAAUCCACGCCAAGCGCGUCACCAUCAUGCCCAAGGACAUCCAGCUCGCCCGCCGCAUCCGCGGGGAGCGCGCUUAG